UGUCAAUGUCAAUAACACGGUAUCUCAAGUAGACAUCACGUACAAAUUACAAUAUUUUUAAUAAUUUUAAUAAUUCUCUGAUAAAUAACUAAAUAGUAAGAGUUAUAUAAUCCUAUAAGAGAAAGUGACGAAGAAACUAACAACAAUUUCAUUAUUUAAUCAAAUUCUGUCAAAUGCUUUAGGUUAGUAUUGCAUAAAUAGUCGCAAUCAAUAUUUAGUAAAAUGCUGAGUUUAGCACAGGUGUGUCGAUGUUCUCAUUAUUUGAGGGCUCCCAGUCGAGUCCUGUUAUCUAGUACAAAAAGCCAUGGUACCUUACCUUCAAGACAAUUGCUAACACCAGCGCAAUGGAACCACACGACUAAGGGUCUUAGAAUAAGUGAAAUAAUCAAAAGAAAUGGCAUUGUCGCAAGGUUCUGCGCUUCAUCACCAAAACCAAAAUCAACCAAAAUAGUCGGCUACUGGUUGCUCGGCUGCAGUGGUAUGGUUUUCACAGCGGUGGUGCUAGGUGGAGUGACAAGGCUAACAGAAUCAGGUCUGUCUAUGGUCACAUGGAAACUCCUGGGUGAGAAGCUGCCGAGGACUGAGGAAGAAUGGCAGGCAGAGUUUGAAAUAUAUAAACAGUUUCCGGAAUAUAAAUACAAAAACAUGAACAUAACACUGUCCGAGUUCAAGUGGAUCUGGUGGAUGGAGUUCGCUCACCGCAGCUGGGGGCGCGCUAUCGGGGCCGCCAUGUUCCUGCCGGCGACGUUCUUCUGGCUCAGAGGGUACUUGGAUAAAGCUAUGAAGUUGAGGGUGGCCGGGUAUUGUGUGCUGGUUGGGGCUCAGGGUCUAAUGGGCUGGUACAUGGUGAAAUCGGGCCUUGAGGACCGUUUCCAGGGCCCCUGCGAUGUGCCCCGGGUGUCCCAAUACCGUUUAGCCUCUCACCUCGGUUUAGCAUUUCUCUUAUACGCGGGGCUCCUAUCUGGGGCCCUGAGGAUGUUGAGGCCCGCGCCCGUUGGGGCCCUGUAUAGGAAAGUUAAGGAGUUAAGCGCCUUAACGGCAGUUGCGAAUACUGUUAAGGGGAUGGCGUUCAUUACUGCUCUUUCUGGCGCGUUCGUAGCGGGCCUAGACGCGGGUCUAGUCUACAAUUCGUUCCCGAAAAUGGGCGACCAUUGGAUACCAGACGACAUACUGGCUUUUAGUCCUAAACUGCGUAAUUUCACGGAAAAUCCCACCACAGUGCAGUUCGAUCAUAGGAUUCUGGGUACUAGCACGUUGUUAGCGGCUACUGUGCUGUGGGUAAUGUCGAGGGGCAAGCCACUGUCGCCAGUCGCCAGGCGAGUGGCUAAUGCAGUGGGUGCGAUGGCUUGGUUACAGGUAACAUUAGGUUUCCUAACACUGCUAUACUACGUGCCUACUCCCUUAGCGGCGACUCACCAGUCGGGUUCAUUGACCCUACUCACACUAGCUGUGUGGCUCACACAUGAGAUCAAGUUGCUUAAAUACAUACCCAAAUAAAAUAUUUUAAUUGCCUAGUCUUUGAUUUUGUGAUUGAAACUGUUGUAUAGUGUGUAAAUGCCUUUAUGUUUAGGUCAAUUUUAGUCAAUUUGGAUACAUUAUUUGUCACACAUAAUCACGAAACAUUAAAAUUUAAAACCUAGUUUUACUCAACGCAUGUAGUACUUUCUAGACAAAUAUAAAUCUUAUGUAACGGCAGUUAAUGUCAAAUGUACAUUGUACGCUUAAUUACGUAUAAUGUAGUAUACUACAAAACAAAAUUAAUUGAAAGUUGUAAAUAAACUGUUUAUGGCGGAGAUUUUUUGUGAGACAAUAUGACAAAUGGACUGUGUUUGAUGAGCUUUCCUUUUUAUUUAAUUUCGAUAUUAACUUACCAAAUACAAUAAAAUGAAAGAUAAAGUGCAUUUUCGUCCAAUAUUGUUAAUUUUAAACCUAUCACUUAGGACUCUGAACUUUAAUACCACACAAUAGCAUUUUAAAACAGUAUUGUAUGUACAAUUAAGAUAUAAAUAAAUUUUGUU